CUGCCCAGGAAACUUGUUGGUUGUUGCCCUCGGGUCGCUCCCGGGCGGGGACACGGAACCCGGCCAUGGAAGAUCCCUCGGGGGCUCGCGAGCCCCGGGCCCGGCCGAGAGAGCGGGACCCGGGACGGCGCCCCCACCCAGAACAAGACCGUACCCACGAUCGACCGCGGGACCGACCCGGGGACCCGCGCAUGAAUCGAAGCAGCGACGCGAACCGGCGAAGGAACCGGGACCGGGACCCGGAGAGAGACCAGGAGAGGGACCGGAACCGCGACCGGAACCGGGACCGGGAGAGGGAGAGAGAGAGGGAAAGAGACCCGGACCGAGGCCCCCGCCGGGACACACACAGGGACGCGGGCCCUCGCGCAGGUGAACACGGAGUUUGGGGAAAGCCGCGCCAAAGCCGGACGCGGGACGGAGCCCGGGGACCGACCUGGGACGCAGCCGCGCCUCCUGGGCCCGCGCCAUGGGAAGCCCCGGAGCCGCCGCAGCCGCAGAGGAAGGGAGACCCCGGGCGCCGCAGACCCGAAAGUGAACCCCCUUUGGAGAGAUAUCUGCCCUCGACCCCCAGGCCUGGACAAGAGGAGGUGGAAUAUUACCAGUCAGAAGCAGAAGGACUCCUGGAAUGCCACAAAUGCAAAUACUUGUGCACUGGGAGAGCCUGCUGCCAAAUGCUGGAGGUUCUCCUGAACUUGCUGAUCCUGGCCUGCAGCUCUGUGUCUUACAGUUCCACAGGGGGCUACACGGGCAUCACCAGCUUGGGGGGCAUUUACUACUAUCAGUUCGGAGGGGCUUACAGUGGCUUUGAUGGUGCUGACGGGGAGAAGGCCCAGCAACUGGAUGUCCAGUUCUACCAGCUAAAGCUGCCCAUGGUCACUGUGGCAAUGGCCUGUAGUGGAGCCCUCACAGCCCUCUGCUGCCUCUUCGUUGCCAUGGGUGUCCUGCGAGUCCCGUGGCAUUGUCCGCUGUUGCUGGUGACCGAAGGCUUGUUGGACAUGCUCAUCGCGGGGGGGUACAUCCCGGCCUUGUACUUCUACUUCCACUACCUCUCUGCUGCCUAUGGCUCUCCUGUGUGUAAAGAGAGGCAGGCACUGUACCAAAGCAAAGGCUACAGUGGUUUUGGCUGCAGUUUCCACGGAGCAGAUAUAGGAGCUGGAAUCUUUGCUGCCCUGGGCAUUGUGGUCUUUGCCCUGGGGGCUGUCCUGGCCAUAAAGGGUUACCGAAAAGUCAGGAAGCUAAAAGAGAAGCCAGCAGAAAUGUUUGAAUUUUAAGGGUUUCUAAAACGCUCUGCCAGAUGCAAGUGGUGGUGGAAGGUAGUCUGAGCCACUGCCUUUCCCAAGAAUCCCUAGUUGUGGAACUUUCCAAUGCUGGAAAAGCAGCGAGCCAGCGUUGGUGUGGUGGGCGGAGCUCCCAGUCGCAUGGAGCGGUGUUCAUGGAUGCAACAGACCCUGGCUUCUGGAGUCCUCUGUGAGUGAGGGACCAACCAAAAUUAUUUUUCAAAAAGCAAAAAAAUGGCCGGCCUCGGUGGCUCACACCUGUAACCCCAGCACUUUGGGAGGCUGAGGUGGGUGGAUCACUUGAGGUCAGGAGCUCGAGACCAGCUUGGCCAACAUGGUGAGCCCCCGUCUCUACUAAAAUACAAAAAAAUUAGCCAGGCGUGGUGGCGGGAGCCUGUAAUCCCAGCUACUUGGGAGGCUGAGGCAGGAGAAUCGCUUGAAUCUGGGAGGCAGAGAUUGCAGUGAGCCGAGAUCCCGCCACUGCACUCCAGCCCAGGUGACAGAGUGAGACUCCAUCUCAAAAAGAAAAAGCAAAAAAACUGGAGCCCAAGAGCCACAAGGAAAAAGCAUGUACAACAGAGUGCACCUCUUCAUUCAGUAAAGGGAGGUCACCAAGAGAAUUUGAGGAACCUUACCUUCAAAGUUCCUGGGCACAGUGGCGCACACCUGUAAUCCCAGAGCUUUGGGAGGCUGAGGUAGGAGGAUUGCUUGAACCCAGGAGUUCAAGUUUGCAGUGCGCCAUGAUUGUCCCACUACACUCUAGCCUGAGCAACAGACCGAGACCGUAUUGCCAAAAUACCAAAAAAAAAAAAAAGUUCAUGGAGAGCCACAUAGACAUGAGACCACACUUCAGCCUGAAUUUUUCUAAAACACAGUUGUCUCAAGCAGAUUAGUCCACACAUUUUUCCACACUGAACUCUCCAGUCCUUCCACUUCCUUAAUUCUGCAAAUGGAGGGGGUGGGGACUCUUGGGAAACUACUCCUGUAAAAUUGAAGUUGGAGGUAGGCGUGGACUGAGGAAAGAGGAAUCAGAUUAAUUCUCUGGGUUGCAAAGAGGCUAUUCUGCAAGCCCCUUACAGUGGCCCUGAAAGCUCAAUAGGUGUUUUGUACCUCUUGUAAAUGUGCCAUUGUGUGAAGCAUUAAGCCCAUCAUCUAGAAUUCAGGAUUCAUCCAGAAUAAAAGGAUGUAAAAUCUUUCCCAACAGAAGAGUGUUACUUUUGGUCAGACAACUUCAUGGGUUCUUACUGCACAUUAAAUUAUGACUUAUGGAACAUUACAAUAUAUUCUCGGUCCUUAAAUUAUGACUUAUGGAACAUUACUAUAUAUUCUCGGUCCUUAAAUUAUGACUUAUGGAACAUUACUAUAUAUUCUUGGUCCUUAAAUUAUGACUUAUGGAACAUUACAAUAUAUUCUCGGUCCAAGUGAGUAAGUUCUUUGCUUUAUGUGGAUCCAAUAAAAAAUCCAAAGAAUUUUAAUUUGGAGUUGAUGUCCUCUUUACAAUACAUUUAUAAUAUUCUCUUAAAUAUAGACAAUUUUUCACAUUUAAAAGGUGAGUUCCAUUUGAGUUUAGAAAAGGAAAUAUAUAUAUACAUGCUUGUAUAUGAUUGGAAAAUUUCUUGAAGAAUAACAUCAGAAAGUAUUAACAGUUUUGCUUUUGAAGAGAAGGUGACUUUUCAUUUAUACAUGGCUUGACUGCACAUGUAUUAAUUUUAGAAAAAUAAAAAGUAAAAAAGUUGACUUGCUCUCCUCAGUUUUUUUCAGGACCACAUUUAAAGUUCAAAGGCAGGUAUGGAUAUAUAGUUAAGCAGAUUAUUAAAUGAUCAGCCACAAAAACAGCCUCACCCAGAAAGACUUUUUUUAUUUUUUUAUUUCUUAUUUUUGAGACAGGAUCUGGCUCUGUCACCCAGGCUGGAGUGCAGUGGCGGGAUCUCAGCUUACUGCAACCUCUGCCUCCCAGGCUUAAGCUGUCCUCCCCCCUUAGCCUCCCGAGUCACUGGGACUACAGGCCCAUGCCACUGUGCCUGGCUAAUUUGUUUAUUUUUAGUAGAGAUGGGGUUUCACCAUGUUGCCCAGGCUCAUCUCGAACUCCUGGGCUCAAGUGAUCCACCCACCUCAGCCUCCCAAAGUGCUGGGAUUAUAGGCCUGAGCCACCACGCCAGACCCAGAAAGACGUUAUUUACAACAAAGAUCUCAUGUCGUUUCAGGAUCUCUGCUUCCCUCUACCAAACCCUCUGCUGUCUUUCCGGAGAUGUGUCCCAUCCCACCAUAGAGAUAAACUGCUAGCUCUGCUCGCCACCCUUUUCCCCUUCCCCUGCCCCAUGUGUCUUUCUGCACUAAAAGCACGCUUGGAAAUACUUGAGCCUGCCUUGAUAUUGAUAGCUAAGCCAGGCCAACCCUGGCUGGAACCUGGGAUAAUAUUCCCUGGCCAUAUUCCUUCAACAGUCCCAAUAUCAUUGGACCCAGCAGAAGACCAUUAUUCCUGUCAGUUGGCGCAGUCAACAGGUGAUUGACAAGAUCUAGAUUUAUUCCAUUGUAGCCUAACAGAUAGAUGCUGCCUGGGUUGUGAAUCCGUCCCAGAGGAAUUUCAGUAUUUUCAGUACAGUAUUUCUGUUUUCCUUCAGGGGGUGAAAUAUUAACGUCCAUGAAGAAGGAAAACCAAGGGAGAGAAAGGUGUAGGGUCCACUAACCCCCAUGAAUUAAAAUGAUGUCUGGGUCAAUUCACUUGCUCUGCUGUAGGGAGAGUGUAAACCAGUAGCUUACUGUGCCUGAGUGAUGAGUGGGCAGUUUUAGUCUGACGUUAUUUUCAGUUUUAAAUUAGAGGAAUGUAACUUCUCAACUAUCAGAGCCCUCAACUACUAUGUCCCUGUGGACUGCUAGGAAUUUGUGUGGGCCCAGCAGGAGAUGGGAUUAGCAAGCUGAGUAGCUGUUGCCUAAGUACUUUAGAGUCUUUCACUGCCCUGAUUAUAAACAUCAUGGUACCCCCUAGUGUGUUAGAGAGUUGUCCUGAUUUCUGGGAAACCACACUCUUCUUAAAUUUAUCCCAUUCUUUCUUAUGUUUCUCACCAAUCCCCUUCCAUUUUGGAAACAUUACUGAGUAGCGUCACUAUCCAUUUGUAUAUUAUUUUAUUUUUAGAGUAUUUUCACAUACUUGCUUUUUUGUUGUUGUUGUUAACUUCCCACAGUAUCACACGGCUACUUUCAUUUGAGCCUCCCCACAUCCCUGUGGGUGAAGAUUGGCAGACUUAGCUUCAUUUGUCAUAUUGUCUGAGGCUUAGAAGGACCGAAUGGCUUGGCCAAGAUGACAAGGCAGUAAAAAGCGGGGACUUGAACCUGGUGGUCCUGCUCUCGGUUCAUUUGUAUUUCUCUUCACGCUCAUCCCUGAACGCCACGGGAAUGGCAGGAGACCCUCUCCCAGAAGGACACCUAAGAAGGAUUUGGGGCCUCUGUCAGUAACAAAUAAAAGCUGACCUCGGACAAGAAGAUCUUCAGUCUGUUGGCCUGUUGGCUUCCUCUGCCUCAUGCCAUUUGUGGGUUCCUUUCAGUCCAAAUAUCUAUCAGUAAGGUCCUGGUUGAACAGACAAAUCCAUCCAUACAACGAAGUCGAAGGCCACUUAACAAAAUGUGGCUCCUCUUGUAGGAACUGAUCUGAAAACAUCUGGAGGAUAUAGUAAAUGAAAAAAUCAAGAUGCAGAACAGUGUACGUGGUACACUUACUUUUGUGGAAAAAUGCAGGGAAGGGAAUGAAAUGCAGAUUUAAAUGUGCUUUUUAUUUGCAUAAAGGAACACUGGACAAUUAUAUUGAAACCAAUGAAAGCGGUUGGCAACAUUGAAGAGACGAUAUGAGUGAAAUUUCUCAGUUUAUAUCUUAUGUCAUUUCAAUUUUUUAGAAACUUUUCGUUUUGAAAUAUAGAUUUGCAAGAAGUCACAAAAACAGUGCAGAGUACUCCUGUGUAUCCUUAACCCAGUUUUCUCCAAUGAUAAUAUAUUGCAUAACUAGUACAAUAUCAAGACCAGGAAAGUCGCAAUCUACAGAGCUCAUUUAGGUUUCCCCCUUUUACCUGCACACAUAUGUAUGUGUUUGUAGUUCUAAGCCGUUUUAUCUCAUGUGUAGAUUUGUGUGAGCGGCACCACGAUGCAAUCCAGAACUGUUCCCUCACCCUGGACAUCCCUGUGCUAAGUCUUCAUGGUCACAUCCAUCUUCUUCCUUCCUCCCCCAUCCCUACUCAUUCCUGUCCCCUGUUGAUCACCAAUCUGGGCUUCUCUGUAAUUUUGUCCUUUUGAGACUGUUACAUACAUGAAAUCACACGGUAUGUAACUUUUUGAGACUGGUUCUUUUUUUUUUUUUUUUUUUUUUUGAGACAGAGUUUCACUUGUCGCCCAGGCUAGAAUACAAUGGCGCGAUCUCGGCUCAUUGCAACCUCUGCCUUCCGGGUUCAAGUAAUUCUCAUGCCUCAGCCUUCCGAGUGGGUGGGAUUACAGGCGCCUGCCACCACACCUGGCUAAUUUUGUAUUUUUAGUAGAGCUGGGGUUUCACCAUGUUGUCCAGGCUGGUCAUGAACUCCUGACCUCAGGUGAUCUGCCCGCCUUGGCCUCCCAAAGUGCUGGGAUUACAGGCAUGAGCCAUUGCGCCCAGCCAAGACUAGUUCUUUUUCACUCAUCAUAAUUCCCUUGAGAUUCAUUCAAGUUGUUGAAUGUAUCAGGAGUUCAUUCCUUUUUUUUUUUUUUUGAGAUGGAGUCUCACUUUGUCACCCAGACUGGAGUGCAGUGGCAUGAUCUCGGCUCACUGAAACCUCUGUCUCCUGGGUUCAAGCAAUUCUCCUGCCUCAGCCUCCAGAUUAGCUGGAACUACAGGCACGUGCUGCCACACCCAGCUAAUUUUUGUAUUUUUAGUAGAGAUGGGGUUUCACCUGUUGGUCAGGCUGGUCUCCAACUCCUGACCUCAAGUGAUCUGCCCGCCUCGGCCUCCCAAAGUGCUGAGAUUACAGGCGUGAGCCACUGUACCCAGCCUAGGAGUUCAUCCCUUUUUAUCGCUGAGUAGGGUAGUCCAUGGUAUGGGCGUACCCGUUUGUGUAACCAGAGUCACCCACUGAAGGACAUUGGGGUUGUUUCCAAUAUUUGGCUAUUAUAAAUAAAGCUACAAUGAAUAUUUAAGUCCACGUCUUUGUUUUCAGAGUGGUAAUUUGAUUUUUCAAACAUAGAUUGAAAACAAAACAAAAACAAAAAGCAAAUUGAAUAUACUGAUGUUGAGGCUGGUUGAGGUGGCUUACGCCUGUAAUCUCAGGACUUUGGGAGGCCAAGGCAGGUAGAUCACUUGAGGCCAGGAGUUUGAGA